AUAUUGAAGCUCAUUCUGUGUGGACUUUGGCAUCUCCCAUUAAGCAGGAAGCGACAACUAAGAAUUGACGACAUGACCAAGUUCCUGUCUCAGGAUGAAAUUACCAAAUUUAAGGAAUGUUUCUCUCUGUAUGAUAAGAAAGGAAGAGGAAAAAUCCCAGCCAAUGAUCUUCUGACUGUAAUGCGCUGUUUGGGCACAUGCCCAACACCAAACGAAGUUGCACGCCACUUGCUAGUCCAUAAAAUUGGGAAAGAUGGUGAAGUGGACUUCUCUUCCUUUCUGACAAUUAUGUACCGGCAGCAGAAGCAAGAAGACCCAGAGAAUGAGAUCCUUGUGGCAUUGCUGAUGUCAGAUAAGCAGAAGAAAGGUCUCAUCCCAUUGGCUGAGCUACGAGCUAAACUUACUCAAAUGGGGGAGAAACUGACUACUGAAGAAGUUGAUGAUCUCCUUCACAAUGCUGAAGUAGGAGCUGAUGGGAUGGUGAGAUAUGAAGAGUUUGUUAGGAAGAUAACACUCCCAGUAGCCGACUACUAAGCUUCAGAUUUCAGGCUGAAACCAUAGACCGCAAGAUAACCAUCUCCAGGCUGGCACGCCAAUACUUUUGUAAAGAUACCAAUAGCCCUGCUUCCAGCUGUUGAUU